AUGUUUUCAAAAAAACCAGCGAUGAAAAGCCCAUCAAUUCGUCAAAACUCACUAAGCACCCCAAAGUCAAUCGUCACAAAACCAUCUAGUAAAAUCAACCAAACAAAAUCACCGCAGAUCUUAAAAUUGAAACCAACACCACUAGUAACAAAAAUCACUCAGCAAAUCCUUACCCCACAAAAAACCUCCUCAUCAACAAACAAUAUCGAAGCUCAAAUAUCCGCAGAUGUAAACAAAAAAUCCUUUGCUACAACUGUAGCAAACAGUCUAGUCCCGAAAAAAGAACAAGCAAUAUUAAUAGACAUAAAUGAAGCAAUCCCGCACAAAGACUAUAUUAUCGCUAUCGGCAAUAUUGUAAAACCGGUCAAUAUCAUUUUUGCAUCCCGUAUAUCGAAUAAACGAUUGUGCAUAUUCCUCACUAAUAAAGCAUUAGUAGACAAUCUCAUUAUAAAUUACCCAAUUAUAACAGUCAAUGAACAACAAUUCAAAAUCCGCAAAUUACAUAACCCAAACAAAAGAAUAAUCCUAUCUAAUGUCUAUCCCAACAUACCCCACGAAGCCAUAGAAAAUGAAUUCAAUAAUCUCAAUAUAGGUCUACGAAGCAACAUAUCAUUCUUAAGAGCAGGUAUACAAGACGCUGAAUUUUCCCACAUUCUGAGCUUUCGUCGCCAAACAUUUAUAAACCAUGAUGACAUAGAAAAACUCCCUAGUUCUAUUCUAAUUAACUAUGAUGACACAAACUACAGAAUUUUUAUAUCAGACGACUCGUUAACAUGUUUCUUAUGCAAAACUCAAGGUCACAUUGCCUCAAAUUGCCCGAAUAAACUUGAAGAACACAUAAUUGAAACUCAGAUUGACAUAAAUGAUAAUAACUCUGUUAAUACAUACAAAACCAAAUCAAAAAUAGAAAAUUUAAUAAUCACCUCAAAUGAAGAAGAUCAAACAUUUGAUAUGGAUUUAGACCCGAUAUCUGGCACUAAAAGGUCUCUCCCUGAGUCCUUCAAUUUCCCCUCCCCCUCUUUACUAGACACACCUAUAGUCAUUGACAAUCCCUCACAUUCUAACAUAUUAGAAAUCCAACCAAAAACAAUACAAGAAACAAAAAAACCUAAAACAAUCUCUAGUUCUCUCAAACAAUUCCUAGAAAACUUAGAUAAUAAUCUAGGUCCGGCGGAAGAAAUCUUCAAUGAAAACGAAGAUUUAAAAAUUGAUUAUAUUACAUUUAAACAUCUUUUUGAAAAUAACCAAGGAGAUUUCAAUCCACAUGACAUCUUUACAGAAUAUAAGAUUACAAAAGAAGAACUACUCGACAUUUUAUUAAAAAUAAAACCUACACUAAAAAAUAAAAGCAUAAAAAAUAGACUAACUCGUUUCGCUAGAAAGAUAGUAGAAGACAGUUAUGAAUCAGCUGGUUCUGAAGCAUAA